GUGCAGUUUGGGGCUUGUGUAUUGGUUUUAUGGAAGAUGAUGUGAAAGAAGUUCAGCGUAGCAAGGUCCUUUAAGCCGCAAGAACCUUCCGUUUUUCAGACCAAGGAGACACCUCCGCUGAAGCAAAAUCUUCAAAAUGGUGCUGCGAGUUGGAGAAAGCGCCGACCCUGGGAGCCACGUAACUACACCGGUGAAGCAGACGAGUCUCUUCAAAAAUCCAGCUCCCACGGGAGACACGCCUAGCACUGUGGCGAAAGACGACUGGUCUCCACCGGAAGACCAGCGGACCUUUCUUGAAAGAGACGAAUGUUGUAGUGGUAGUGCUAGUGGAGGAACAUUAGCCAAACAUACGUCAGCACCCAGUUGCGCCGACGAUGAGGAUGAACUCCCCGAUGAUCAGCCCCUUCCCCUCUAUGGCGACGACAACACUUUGGAUCCGGAAACCCGCGCCCAGUGCAUCGCCUGCAGUCUCUACUCGACGCAGGGUGACUGGCGCGCGCCGGGACACACCUUCACAGUUGGGCAGCACGAGUCCAACCAGUUUUCGAUUUCGAUGCAAGUGGGCCCAGGCCGCGGUGGAUCAUCUUUGGUGAGCGGCACAAGUACUAGUAGUAGUUCCUCUACUGCGGCUGGCAGAAGUACAGCCACAUCGGCGUCAAACAAGAAAGCAGCCAGGCGCGGCGGCGGGAACGCGAGUAGCAAAUUAUAUCAGAUGGCGUCAACAAACGCAAAAGCGCAGCUGGCGGGGAAGGCAUCUGCAAUGGGGAAGAUGAGUAGCAAUAAGGUGAAGCAGGAAAUAAAAGUGGUAGUCGAGCAGGACCCGCGCGCGAACGGAAAGCUGGGCAUUACGGGCGGGCGAGUCUGGGACGCGGCGGUGGUGAUGGCCAAGUUUUUUGAAAACCUGUAUCUCGACGACGAUCACAUUAGCAGGGAAAGAAAUGUCGAAACAAGAAAUGUCGAUCUAUGUCUAUCACAAACGGCUGGUCGGCCUGGUGGAGACCCACCGACAGAUCCAACAGAUGCGUCGUCCAGUCUCGCAGCUGCUGAACAAAUGGAGGAAGAAGAGCAAUCUACUCGUCGUCAGCACCCCCGCGACAAGCAGCGAAACAUCGAAAUCGCAAAAUUGUUGCGAAUCCCCUUGACUAGCAGCAAGACAAAUCCAAAUGGGAAUUCCACAAAAAAAGUUCCAACAGGAGCCCCACUUCCCGUGAAAAUGCUCGAGCUCGGCGCCGGGACGGGGCUUUGCGGCAUCGCGUCUGCGGUGGUCCUCCCGCCGAAGAGUCUCAUGGUGAUCACGGACCAAGCGGAGCACUUGGGCCUUCUGCAGCGCAACGUCGAGGCGCAUUCCUGGUGCAAACAAAAGUUGCUGGCGAAGGAAUUCGACUGGGCAGCGGAAGAGGUCAUGGAGAUACUGGAAGAGCAAAACGAGAGCAAGACGAGAAUAGCAGAAAAUCAUUUUCGGUCCUCGUGUGUUGACGCACGAGAUGUUGAACAAUUACACACCGCGCCCUUGAUGUGGUUCCAACGUCCCGCGUGUCAACGGCUGCUGAGAAGGCUCCAAAACGCGGAUGCAGGUUCUGCUGGGGGGACGUACAGAGGCGAAGACCUAGCUGAUAAUUAUACCGAUCUCAGCAAGACGAAGAAUCGGGGUGCAGUAGACCACGGCGAAUCUUCAUGUCAACGUGAUGAGCUGGGUUCUGAUCUUGUAGUAGGUCCACGACAUCAUGAAUUGCACGAUCCCUUCGACCUCGUCAUCGCUUCUGAUGUGAUUUACCACGAAGAAGUGGUGGAUAUUUUUGUGCGCGCGCUGCAGGCGUUGCUCGACUCCGGCGCGUGCAAGGCCGGGUUUGUCGCGUUCGAAUUGCGGAGCUCGAACGUGACGGAGCAUUUUUUGACGAAGUGCUUCCUCGCGUUUCACUGCGAAUUUCUCGAGGGGCCGCCCCAGUUUCAAAGCGACGCAGUGGUGCUGCUGUAUUUGAAAUCGAAACUGUUGUGAAGAUAAAGAUCAACCAACGGUCGGUCGCUUGCCGGUGGUUCUUGGUUGAGCUGCUAGCACUGCUGACGCGGAGUCGCUCAUGAUUUUUUUCUGCUUACUGGUUAUGUGACCUUUUUCAUACGACAACAAAUACAAAAGGGAAAGGCACUUCCGACAUUCAGACACCUAU